UCUGUGCUAAGGCUGCCCUGCGCGACGAUGAUGCGGUCGGCUGCGCUUCUGUGCGUGGCGAGUCUAUUACCAGCCGUGGCUGGCAUCGCGAUGGACGAUAACACCAUCAGGACGGCCGUCACGGAGUGGCUCUCGGACGCGAGCGCCGCCGAGGCGACGUACGGCCACAUUUCUACGUGGGAGACUGGGGGGGUGACGGACAUGUCGAAGUUGUUCUACUUGAUGGCUUUCAACGACGACGUCGGCGCGUGGGACACCUCAGGCGUAACGAGCAUGUCCGGCAUGUUCAUGAGCAGCACGUUUAACCAGGACAUCGGCGCGUGGGACACCUCGGCCGUCAGAACGAUGGACUAUAUGUUCUACUACGCUUCGUCGUUCAACCGACCGAUCGGCGACUGGAUUGUUGACAGCAUUACGGACAUGAGAUACAUGUUCUGGUACGCCUCGGCCUUCGACCAGGACCUCGGCUGGUGCGUGGCCGACGACGUGGACCUGCGCUACGCGUUCCGCAACACCCCGUGCGAGCCGACGUAUUGCGGCGUCACGCGCAAAAACGAAUUCGACGAGUGCGAAGCCAUCGUCGACGACGACGCUUACGACAUCUUCGUCGUCGACGACGACAAGGACGACGAUGACGACUACGACGAUGAUGACGACUGCGGAUAUGGAUCCUUGUGCAACGAUGCCGCCACGACCCGCUCCGCCGCCCUCGCCGCCCUCGUCAUCGGCGCCGCGCUCUAGGGAUGGCGCCAAGACCCAUUUCAUUGCCUACGGCGCCAUCGCCGCGGCCCUUCUCCUCCUCUUGCUCUGAGUCGAGGGAAUUCCUUCAUCGGCCCCCCCUUUUUGCCUUCCUCUCCUUCGAGUCUAUGAUAAGAAUUCAUUCUCUG